GACAGCAGCACCUCCCCUUCUGCCUGCACUUAAAGGAAGCAGCGAGAGCAUCUGGGACCAGAGCGGAUCCACGGUCAGUUGCAGGAGCGUCUGGUGAACAUGGAGGAAGUGCUGGCACCGUUCAGAGAGGCUGUGAGGCAACAGGGUGACCUCGUGCAUCAGUUGAAGGAAAAUGGCGCCAAAGAGUCGGAGCUGAGCAGAGCCGUCGCAGAGCUCAAAGCCCGGAAGAAGACUCUGGAAGCAAAGGAGCUGUCCCUGCAGCCCAGAGACGACACGGUGGACCGAGUGAAGAUGGAGGACGCCUUGAAGAGGAGGUUCUUCUACGAUCAGGCUUUUGCCAUUUAUGGAGGUGUGAGCGGCCUGUACGACUUCGGCCCUGUGGGCUGUGCCCUGAAGAACAACAUCCUGCAGGUGUGGAGGCAGCACUUCAUCCAGGAGGAGCAGAUCCUGGAGAUCGACUGCACCAUGCUCACCCCCGAGCCGGUCCUCAAGACGUCGGGUCAUGUGGAUAAAUUCGCUGACUACAUGGUGAAAGAUGCCAAGACAGGAGAGUGCUAUCGUGCCGACCACCUCCUCAAAGCUCACUUAAAGAAACUGAUGUCUGACGAGAAAUGUUCUGCAGAGAAGGCGGCUGAGAUGGAGGAUGUGAUCACUCAGAUGGACAACUACAGCCAGCAGGAGCUGACCGAGCUCUUUGUGAAGUACGACGUCAAGUCUCCCUCGACAGGAAACGACCUCACACCUCCCGUCUCCUUCAACCUGAUGUUCCAGACGUCCAUCGGACCAGGCGGGAACAUGCCCGGCUACCUGAGGCCCGAGACAGCUCAGGGGAUGUUCCUCAACUUCAAACGGCUGCUGGAGUUCAACCAGGGAAAACUUCCCUUCGGAGCCGCUCAGAUCGGAAACUCCUUCAGGAACGAGAUCUCUCCUCGCUCGGGACUCAUCCGUGUCAGAGAGUUCACCAUGGCUGAGAUCGAGCACUUCGUGGACCCGAGUGAGAAGGUCCACCCUAAAUUCUCCAGUGUGGCCGACCUGGAGAUCAUGCUGUUCUCCUCCAAGGCUCAGACCAGCGGCCAGUCUGCACAGAUCAUGAGGCUGGGUGACGCUGUGGAGCAGGGAGUGAUCAACAACUCCGUGUUGGGUUACUUCAUCGGGAGAAUCUACCUCUAUCUGAUCAAAGUGGGACUGUCCAAAGACAAAGUGCGCUUCCGUCAGCACAUGGAGAACGAGAUGGCUCACUACGCGUGCGACUGCUGGGACGCCGAGUCCAAAACCUCCUAUGGCUGGAUUGAGAUCGUGGGCUGUGCUGACCGCGCCUGCUACGACCUCUCGUGUCACUCCAGAGCCACUAAAGUCCCCCUGGUGGCCGAAAAACCCCUGAAAGAGCCCAAAGUAGUAAACGUCGUACAGUUCGAGCCCAACAAGGGAGCCAUAGGAACGGCCUUCAAGAAAGACUCCAAGCUGGUCCUGGACUACCUGGCCGCCUGUGACGAGUGCUACAUCACUGAUCAGGAGAAGCUCCUCAGUGCAAACGGGGAGUUCAGCCUCGAGACAGCAGGCCAGACAUUCAAACUGACCAAAGACAUGGUCGGCGUGAAGAGGUUCCAGAAAACUCUGCACGUGGAGGAGAUUGUUCCCAAUGUAAUCGAGCCGUCCUUUGGCAUCGGGAGAAUCAUGUACUCCAUCUUCGAGCACUCGUUCCACGUCCGGCAGGGGGAUGAACAGAGGACGUAUUUCAGCUUCCCCGCCACUGUGGCUCCAUACAAAUGCUCCAUCCUUCCUUUGAGCCAUAACCAGGAGUUUACACCGUUUGUCCAACAGUUGUCCAAGGCGAUGACUAAAAACUACGUGUCUCACAAAGUGGACGACUCUUCGGGAUCCAUCGGCAGGCGUUACGCCCGCUCCGACGAGAUCGGGGUGGCGUUCGGCAUCACCGUCGACUUCGACACGGUGAACAAGACGCCUCACACGGCUACUCUGAGAGACCGCGACUCCAUGAGGCAGAUCAGGGCCGAGGUCGUUGAGUUGCCAGGUAUGGUUCGAGAUCUGGCUAACGGUGCCUUGACGUGGGCUGAGGUGGAGAGCAAGUACCCCAUCUUUGAAGGACAGGAAACCAGCAAGAAGGAUUAAUCCAGCAGGAGCUCCUCUAGUGAACGUGCAGGGACCACACUUUCAAGAUGUUCUUACAUUUUACCAAAGUGAUUUUUUUAAAAAAAUAGAACAUUUCUUAGCCUUAUGAAUUUUAUAUUUUACACACAUGAAAGAAAGUUUAUUUUACUGUGAAUUGUUUACGAUGGUCUGAUGGAGAUUCAAACAUUUCAGACAGUAGAAAAGCUCAACUAGCCACCAACACCGUCCACUGUGGUCUCAGUUUUAGUGUAGCAUUGACACAGUGAAGUUUUGACUUGAGAGAACAUUUCUUAAAAUAAUGUAUGUCUUGCUUGAUUUUUUUUCAAAUAAACCUUACACUUUGGUUC